GCCUGGAGGCUCCGGGGACGGAGGAGUCAUGCUCGUAUCGCAGAGGCGCUAGCUAGCAUGUGUCUGUAGGGUAUGUUCAUUUGAGACUUCUCCACCGGAAAUCACCUGGUAUCACUAAGUCUCCACUAAAGCCAGGGUUUGCUGCCUAAUUUCUUGCCAUGUCGAACGAAGUAGAGACGAGUACAACCAACGGUCAUCCUGACCAACAGGCUGCACCAAAAGCCCCAUCAAAGAAGGAAAAGAAGAAAGGCUCUGAAAAGACAGAUGAGUAUCUCUUGGCCAGGUUUAAAGGUGAUGGUGUGAAAUACAAGGCCAAGCUAAUUGGCAUUGAUGAUGUGCCAGAUGCAAGAGGGGAUAAAAUGAGCCAAGAUUCUAUGAUGAAACUAAAGGGAAUGGCGGCAGCUGCUCGGUCUCAAGGACAGCACAAACAAAAGCUCUGGGUCAACAUUUCGCUAUCCGGGAUAAAAUUAAUUGAUGAGAAAACUGGGGUAAUAGAACAUGAACAUCCAGUGAAUAAAAUUUCUUUCAUUGCUCGUGAUGUGACAGACAACCGGGCAUUUGGUUAUGUAUGUGGAGGAGAAGGCCAACACCAGUUUUUUGCCAUAAAAACAGGGCAGCAGGCCGAGCCAUUGGUCGUUGAUCUUAAAGAUCUCUUUCAAGUUAUCUACAAUGUAAAGAAAAAAGAAGAAGAAAAGAAAAAGACUGAAGAAGCCAACAAAGCAGUAGAGAAUGGCAGUGAGAACCUCCUGACUCUUGAUGACCAAACUACCAAAUUGAAAUUGGGUAUUGACCAGAUGGAUUUGUUUGGGGACAUGUCUACACCUCCUGACCUAAAUAGUCCAACAGAAAGCAAAGAUAUCCUGUUAGUGGAUCUAAACUCUGAAAUCGACACCAAUCAGAAUUCUUUAAGAGAAAAUCCGUUCUUAACAAAUGGCACCGCCUCCUGCUCUCUUCCUCGACCGAAGCCUCAGGCAUCCUUCUUGCCUGAAAAUGCUUUUUCUACCAAUCUCAACUUCUUUCCCACCCCUAAUCCUGAUCCUUUCCGUGACGAUCCUUUCACACAACCAGACCAAUCGGCACCUUCUUCGUUUGAUUCUCUCAAAUCUCCAGAUCAGAAGAAAGAGAAUUUGAGUAGCUUGUCUACUCCACUGAGUAAUGGGCCCCUGAAUGGUGAUGUUGAUUAUUUUGGUCAGCAAUUUGACCAAAUCUCUAACCGGACUGGAAAACAGGAGGCUCAGGCAGGCUCGUGGCCCUUUUCGAGUACGCAGACACAGCCAGCAGUGAGAACUCAGAAUGGGGUAUCUGAAGGAGAACAGAAUGGCUUUCAUAUCAAAUCUUCCCCCAACCCUUUUGUGGGAAGCCCUCCAAAAGGACUGUCAGUACCGAAUGGCAUAAAGCAGGACUUGGAAAGCUCUGUCCAGUCCUCACCACAUGACUCCAUAGCCAUUAUCCCACCUCCUCAAAAUACCAAACCAGGAAGAGGCAGAAGGACUGCUAAGUCUUCAGCCAGUGACUUGCUCCCAUCAGACCUCUUUGCUCCUCCCGUCUCAGAAUCUCCAGGCCAGAUGUCACCUACAGGACAACCUGCAACCCAACAGACCAACCCUCUGGAUCUCUUCAAAACAAGUGUUUCUGUCCCAGUAGGGCCCCUUACGGGUCUAGGUGGUGUACCAGUUACACCCCCUCAGGCAGGACCAUGGAACCCCCCACCAUCCUUAGUCUUCAAUCAGUCCCCUUCAGUGGUCCCAGGAGCUAUUGUGGGUGGUCAACCUUCAGGAUUUGGUCAGUCGCUUAUUUUUGGCACAAGACCAGCUGUUCCAGGUUGGAACCAGCCUUCAUCCUUUGCAACCUCAACCUCCCCUCCAGCCUCUGCUGUUUGGGGCCCUUUAGCAUCUGUGGCAGUUAACGCUUGGCCCUCAACAACCUCCUUAGGGAAUCCUUUUCAGAGCAAUGUCUUUCCAGCUCCUGUGCCAGCCCAAUCCUCUUCUAUGCUCCCUUCUCUUCUGGUCGCUCCUCCUCAGCCACCUCCUAGAACUGCUGCUGCCCAGGACAUCUCCAAAGAUGCCUUCACUGCCUUAGACCCACUAGGGGAUAAAGACGUUAAGGAAGUAAAAGAAAUGUUUAAGGACUUACAACUGCGGCAGCCACCUGUACCUGCAAGGAAGGGAGAGCAGUCUUCCUCUGGGACUUCCAGUGCUUUCUCCAGUUAUUUUCACAGCAAAGUUGGCAUUCCUCAAGAUAAUGCAGACCAUGAUGACUUUGAUGCUAAUCAAUUGUUGAGCAAAAUCAAUGAACCGCCAAAGCCAGCUCCAAGACAAGGUGCCCUGCCAGUUACCAAAUCUGCUGAUAAUGCAUUUGAGAACCCUUUCUCUAAAGGUUCUUUCAGUUCUUCACCACAAAUCCCUGUGGCUCCUCAACCCACAGCUCCUAAUGUAUAUAGGGAUCCUUUUGGAAAUCCAUUUGCAUAACUUCUGAACUUGGUAUGCUGACGAUCCAGAGGAACAAAAAGGUUGGCUUUUUUAGCAGUCAAGGACAAAGCUAAUAGCCAGAUGCGUCCUGACCUCUGCCCUUGUUCCAGCUUUGACAUAUUAUCUGUUGCCUUAUUUCUUGCUGCCUCUUGGACCUGUAAAAUGCCUUUCACUUCCUGUCUAGGUUAAAGCUAAACUGAGUCUGUGGCUUUAAAUAAAUUCAGAAGCUCAACUCUCUAGCUUAAAUGUAAAUGCAGUAGUUUCCAUACUUGAGCCCUUGCCUAUUGUGUCCGUAGAACCUUCUAGAACACUCUACCAUGUACCCUCUGAUUGGGAGAUGCAGCCACUACAAACCCCUCAGAUCAUACUGUUUU